GAAUCACAUGGCGGAAGUUUGUCUGCGUGUAAACAAGUUUUGCAGGUUGUUUAGCAAAUGUCAUUAAAAUGUCCUGUUUUUUUGCAUGGCUUCCCUUGUGCCUCUUGGUUUGUUGUGGUGUUGGACAGUGUAAAAGAAGAAAUGUGCUUUUAAUCAUAGCUGAUGAUGGCGGGUUCGAGACAGACGUUUACAACAACACUGUUGUCCAGACUCCUCAUCUACGAGCUCUUUCUCAGCACAGUGUGAUCUUUAAAAAUGCCUUCACAUCUGUCAGCAGCUGCUCUCCAAGUCGUUCCACCAUCCUGACCGGAUUACCACAGCACCAGAAUGGGAUGUACGGUCUCCAUCAGGGAGUUCAUCACUUUAACUCAUUUGAUGGAGUGCAGAGUCUUCCUCUUCUGCUUAAACAAGCCAACAUCCGUACAGGUAUCAUCGGGAAAAAACAUGUCGGUCCAGGCUCUGUCUACCCAUUCGAAUUUGCCUACACGGAAGAGACCAAUUCCGUGCUGCAGGUGGGUCGGAAUAUCACCAAGAUCAAGCUUCUUGUCCGGAAGUUCUUCCAGAGCCAGAAGUUAGAGGAGGAGGGGGAGCAGAGGAGAGGAACCGGUGAGGAACGUCCCUUCUUCCUCUAUGUGGCGUUCCACGAUCCCCAUCGCUGUGGUCAUUCCCAACCUCAGUAUGGAGCGUUCUGUGAGAAGUUUGGAAAUGGUGAGAGCGGAAUGGGGAGAAUUUCGGAUUGGGAGCCGAAGUAUUAUUCUCCAGACCAGGUCAAGGUACCGUACUUUAUUCCGGAUACUCCUGCUUCCAGGUCGGAUAUAGCAGCUCAGUACACAACAGUCAGCAGGCUGGACCAAGGUAUUGGUCUGGUUCUGCAAGAACUGAGAGACGCUGGGUUUGAAAACGACACUCUGGUGAUCUACAGCUCGGAUAAUGGAAUUCCGUUUCCCAAUGGCCGAACAAACCUAUAUGGCUCAGGUGUGAUGGAACCCAUGCUGGUCUCCUCACCUGAACAUCAGCUGCGCUGGGGACAGAUCAGUCAGGCAUACGUCAGUCUGCUGGAUAUCACUCCUACCAUUCUGGACUGGUUCUCCCUGCCAUAUCCAUCCUACAGCCUCUCGGGUCAUGGUCCAGUAGAGCUGACGGGUCGGUCUCUCCUCCCGGCCCUGAGCUCGGAACCCUCCUGGAUCACGGUCUACGCCAGCCAGAGUCUCCAUGAGGUUACCAUGUAUUACCCCAUGCGCUCCAUCCACCAGGGCCCCUACCGGCUCCUCCACAAUCUACAUUACCGUAUGCCAUUCCCUAUAGACCAGGACUUCUAUGUGUCCCCAACAUUCCAGGAUCUGUUAAACCGGACUCAAAUGGGCCAACCCACAGGCUGGUUCAAGACUCUAAACGAGUACUAUUACAGGGAGAGGUGGGAGCUGUUUGAUAUCCGGUCCGAUCCGAUGGAGAGGCGGAAUCUGGCUGGCGAUCCGGCUUAUGACACGGUUUUGGAGAGCCUGAGGGCUCAGUUGCUGAAGUGGCAGUGGCAGACGGAUGAUCCGUGGGUGUGCGAGCCAGAUGCGGUUCUUGAGACAAAACUAGAACCGCAGUGCAGACCGCUGUACAAUGGACUAUAAGUGCCCGGACUUUAUAAAAGACUGCAUCAGAUCCUUUUGAUAUGGCUUGUUUUUAAUGUUUAAUUGGAAUGUUAAUAGAUUAUUAUCCCUAGUUUUAUAUUGAAAUCUUUGAACAACAAGACGUGAUUGAGUCUUUCAUUUGGUUAUUGUUUAUAAUUGUUUCAUAUACAUUUUUUAUUUUAUUAUUCUAAUAAAGAAAUUUGAGUUAAAAUAACUUGAUUUUUCUAAAUAAAGGAAAUUAAUCUACCAUUUUAUUAGGUACACCUGUACACCUACUUAUUCAUGCGAUUAUCUAAUCAGCCAAUCAUGUGGCAGCAGUGCAUAAAAUCAUGUAGAUACAGGUCAGGAGCUUCAGGUAAUCUCCACAUCAACCAUCAGAAUAGGGAAAAAAAUUUGAUUUCAGCCGUGGCUGACAGAAGUGGAACCCGAUGUGGUCUUCUACUUUUGUAGCCCAGCCGCCUCAAAGUUCAACAUGUUGUGCAUUCAGAGAUGAUAUUCUUCUCACCACAUUUGUACAGAGUGGUUAUCCGAGUUACCAUAGACUUUGUCAAUUCGAACCAGUCUGGUCAUUCUCUGUUGACCUUUCUCAUCAACAAGGCAUUUUCUUCCACAGAACUGCCGCUCACUGGAUGUUUUUUGUUUUUGGCACCAUUCGGAGUAAAUUCUAGAGACUGUUGUGCGUGAGAAUCCCAGGAGAUCAGCAGUUACAGAAAUACUCAAACCAGCCCAUCAGGCACCAACAAUCAUGCCAUGGUCCAAAUCACUGAGAUCACAUUUUAUCCCCAUUCUGAUGGUUGAUGUGAACAUUAACUGAAGCUCCUGACCUAUUUUUUUUUUGCAUUGCACUGCUGCCACACGCUUAGCUGAUUAGAUAAUCGCAUGAAUAACCUUUUAAGCUAGGAUGGACCCGCUGGCGGGAAGAGAAAAAAACUUUAUAGUCAAAAUAUUUAUAACUACAGUCUUGACCAACACAAAAUAGGUAUCGUUUGAAAGCUUAGAAGCUGUGCAUAUUAUUGCAAUCACUAAAAACAUCAGACUGAUCAAAUAGCCAUGUGUCAUAUGUUGUUGGAAAGCUUUCAAAGAGUUGAAAACAACCAGUCUAUUUGUUGUACUCGCAGACAAAAAUAUAGCAAGUAAUAUCUAAGUAUAUUCUUUUGACAAUUAUGUUGGUGUUACAUGUCUGCUGUGUUUUUGCUUAUAACUUCUCAAAAAAUAAAUGGAACAUAAAAUAUCAUAUACAUACCAUUAGAGGAGGUGAUUAUCUUUCAAACGAGCCCACACACAAGGUAAUCGGAUGCAUAGAUCAUUAGAUAAUCCACAUGAAGCACAAUGUUACAUAUGGCCACCAGGAGAUGGCGCCAAAUACAUGACACAGACUCAAUGAUGCAGACUCAUUGAAUCAAAAGGCACUCAUUCUGUGAAAUCUCAUUACUAAAAUCAUAUCUCCAUGCUAUGCAAACCUUUAGUCAUUGUUGUGUCUGCAUGUGUAAUUAGUUUUUUAUGUACAAUUAUUAUGUUUUAUUUGUUUGGAGAGGCUUUUGGACACAUGGAGACGUUUUUGGACGUUAUUUUGUUAUAACUUUUGAUUGCUUUGUCGUAUCAACACAAAAAUGUUCUCAGAUACAGUUGACGUGAUUCAAAACAAAACAAAAGCAGUUUUUCGGAGCCACCUUAUUUACACUCAGAGAUAUAUAAUGUCAAAUCAGAAAAAAAAGUAAAUUUUUGGCUCAAAUGUUGUUUUUUCGAGUUAUAAGCCUUUAAUUUUGGGAAUGCCCCUGAAACAGGAAAUCUUUAAAAACACCUUCAGAGCUUAAAGGAAUAAGUAGGUGUACAGGUGUUCCUAAUAAAGUGGUCGUGAGUGUAUAUAAUAGGCUACUCUAAAACCAAUUGCUCUUCUAAUGCAAUAAUUUAGCUGAUUUGUUUAUAUCAGCAUAAGCAAAAUAUCACUAUGUCUUCAUAUGUAUGCUUCAUGUAAAUGGACUGUAACUUACUAGUUUCAUUUUAGAAAUUUUCACAGAUUGUCAGUCCACAUUUCUUUCAUUUUUCCCCCCAUUUCCAUUUAAUUCCAAAAUGCAUGUUUGCAUUUAAAGUGCUGUUGCAAGCUUCUGUUACAGCUGUUUGCAAUUGAAAUGGUCUCAGGUCUUUAAAUUAUAUAGAAAUCUGAAAGUAUGACAAUACAAUGUUGCAUUUAUCCAAACGUGUGUAAUUGCAGGCAUGUCAAUAAUUCAAUAUUCAAAUAAUCCAUUAAUGAGACUUAAUGUUCAGAUACUAUGUAAUUAGAUAUAAAU